AAGGUAUUUGUUUUAGCUGCUGGUAGGUCUAUAAAUGUCCACUCAUUUCUCUGCACCAUCUCCAUUAACAGUCAGUUUGCUGCAUUAUUUGAAUAUCAGGUCGGCAUUACAGAAUAAAAACUGCAAAAAUGUCUCAGCUGGAAACUGCAAUGGCAAUCAUCAUGAAAACCUUUGACAAGUACGCAGCUGCAGGAGGCAACAAAGGGUCUCUUAACAAAGCAGAGCUCAAGACACUUAUGGAAACUGAGUUUCCAGGUUUUCUUGAGAACGCUAAGAACCAGGACGAGGUCGAUAGUCUGAUGAAGAACUUGGAUCAGAAUGGAGAUUCUGAAGUGGACUUCGAGGAGUUUAUCACCCUAAUUGCUGCUUUAACCUGUGCCUGCCAUGACUACAGUAAUAAAAAAUAACUGUAACCUGAUGUAAUCAAAUUAGAAUUUUCAUCAAUACUGUUCUCUUUCUAUAAGCACUGUUUGUAUUGGUCAUUAAAAUAAGUUUCAAAAA